AUGGCCAAGAGACCAUUUUUUGAAUUUAUUUUGCAGCUGAUAAAUUUAGUCUUCACCUUGUGUGGUUUAGGUACCCUAGGGUAUGGAUUAAUUUGCUUCUUCAAAUGGAGACAAACCCUUUCAAAGGAAAUUCAUCAUCACAUUUUGCUAGCUGUUGAUCCACCUCAACAAUCUCCAUAUACACGUUCUAACCCUUGGUUUAUCUAUGUUAUAAUUGGAUUAGGUGCAAUCCUUUUAAUUGUCUCUUGUUUGGGAUCUAUUGGAAUAGCAUCAAGGAGCCCAUGUUGUUUACUUACUAUAUUUCAGUAUUGUUUAUUCUUGGUACCACUUAUCAUAGUUGAGUUAGGAACCGCUCUUUUCAUAUACUUUGAUCACAGCUGGAAAAAGGUUAUACCAAAAGAUAUAAAUGAAGAUUAUUACACAAUAUAUAAUUUUGUAAAUCUUCAUUGGAAAGUCAUUAGAUGGAUAGCUCUUGGAGUCUUUAUAUUACAGGUUAUUGCUUUCAUUCUAGCAAUAUAUUUGCGAUCAGUGUUCAAUAGCGCAUGUUAUGACACAGAUGAUGAAGAGCAUGUAGUGCAUCUCCCGCAUCCAAAAAAUCUUCACCGUAAUAAGCUAGUCGCUCACUAUAAUAGGUUGGUCGCGCCCACAAGUACCACCACCCUAACAAGAACAACCGGAGUUGGCAUUCGUGUCAACGGUGAAGACACAACAACGCCCACUAACCCAUCAAAUGCCAACAUCAAUGCUAGGUCUCCGACAAACUCUACUAAAAAAGUUCUUGUAUAA